UUUGUGCAGCACAUCGUUGUGACGCGGUGCUGCACCAGACGCUGCCCCGUAGCCUGCAGUAGCCCACGGCGCCUGAUCUUGCACGCGGUGCCUGAACUUGCGACGAUUGCAGCAGCUGGAGCACUGCAAAAGCACCGCAAAAGCGGAGUACGCUGCCACAGUAUACGCCAUCGCCGCGCGACCGCACCGGCGAGCAUGCGACGCCUGGUGGCGGCCGCGUUCGCCGCGGGAGGGGCUGCCCAAGCGGCUGCAGCGGCGGGCCCUCCGCCGGAGCUCGUGGGUCACGCCGCGACUCCGCUCCUGGACGGCUGCACGCACGCGUUUUUGGACCUGGGCGCCAACGCUGGCGUCCAGACGAGGAAGCUGCACCAACCCAAGCUCUACGCCCGGUCGUCGUUCGUACCACUCUUUCAGAAGGCGGGCUUCUACAAAGACGGCGCGGUGCGCUGCGCCGUCGGCGUCGAGCCCGCGCGCGAAUACUGGCAACGACUGCGGGAGCUCGCCACGCGGUUGACAAAUCGAGGCAUGCGGACUACGUUUGUGCUCGGGGGUAUCGGCGUCGCCAACGGCACCGCCUGCUUCGCGGGCGGACGCAGGACGGGCCACAUCCAUAGAUACACCGACGAGGGCCGGUGCGGCCGCGGCAUGGUCGCCACGCCGGUAUGGGACGUGGCAGACCUUCUGAAGCGAUACUUUUUCCAUGAUUCGCUACGGGCGGUCGUGGCCAAGGUCGACGUCGAGGGCAUGGAGUACGCGCUCUUCCGCCGAAUUCUUGACGAAGGCGUCGACUGCGCGGUCACGCACUACGCCGUCGAGUGGCACGGACCCAACAAUCCGAAGAACCGGCCCCAGAUGCGGGCCUGGGAGAAGCUGCACCGUCCGAAUAACGAGAGCGCCUGCGCCCUGUCGCAUCGCUUCGACGACGAGAGUUACGGGUGCGACCCCUGGCCCCUGCCGUCGAACGGCGCCGGGGACGACUCGGACUGGGCCGUGAAGUCCGUGAAGAAGGACGGGAGGUUCUGGCUCGGCGACGGUGGGUGCUAAUGACAUAUCCCGUCGACGGGAUAUGUUACGCGCGCGUGGAAUAAUUGUCUAGUUAGUCGGGAACGAUGAUAC